AUGGACAUCGGUUGCGAACAUCAGUACCCCGAAGCGCUUGAUGACCUCUCCCCCGUUGAAGAGAGACUCAUUGCCCUGCAUGCGCCUUUUGGCUAUAUCACCAAGUUCACGGUCGACAACAAGACCCGUUCGGGAAUCAGCUACCGCAAGCACGUGAAAGGACAUAUCGUCGUCUUUCCGAACAAGGUGGACGAUCUUGUGGCCACGGUUCUUCCUCAUCCCUUAUUGCAGGCCAUUGAGAACAUCCACGUCUCUUGGAGCGGUUCGGGCAAGCCUGGCUCCGCAGAUGUCAGACACCUGCUUCAAGUGCGCAAAUCUCGAGUGGCAGCUGCCCUGGCAUGGCUGCAAAGGAACAACCCGCUUUACGAGGAUAUCGCAAUUAACCAAGCAGAGAUAGAUGGCUGGCAGUAUGCCGACGGCUCCACUGUUCCGACCGUCAUCAUGGACCGCAUGCGAAGGGAGGAACCGUCGACCGUUGAGAAGACACAAACGGACCACAUUGUCCCGGACACUGAUCGAGGCUUGGAGGAAAACAGCUUUAGAAGCAUCGAUGAACUGACUCGACCAUCCCCUGGUGAACCGGCGACUCUUGUCCCCGACUCGGCUGCCAUCGGCCUGGAUGUUGACGCCGUCUGUGAGACGUCUACGUCCGGCAUGUUUCCCCUCAAUGGACCGGCUGCCUUCGCGGAGACCGAUAAACUGUCGUUUCUGGCCGACAUCGUCAACGCCAAUCCUGACCGACAUGGCACCUCUGUGCCGCUCGAGCAAGCCUAUGCGAACUUGACAGAGGACCGACUGAAGAGGGCCGAGGCAGAGAUGCGGGAGACAAGGACUACGUCGGACCCCGACAUAUCGGUCCUGCUUCGCGAGCUGUCGAUUUUCGGUCAUGCACAGCCGCUCUCGAACGAAUCCCGUUUGCUUAUGCGGAGGAAGAUCCAAGCUCUGAACAUCCGGGCUGCUAUGCCUGCAAUUUGGAUUACCAUUAGUCCUAACGACAUUAAUAAUCCAGUAAAGAUGAAGCUUGCCAUCCAUAGGCUGCACGAUUAUGAGUCUGCAAAGGAGCUUUUAGUCGAUCUCCGUGAAAGGUACGACAGAAUCGCCCUCAGCACCAUGGAUCCGGUUAGCUCGGCCAUCUUCUUCCACCGAGAAAUAUCCUUAUUCUUUGACAAGUACGUGAACACGGGCCAGGAAUCGAUCUUUGGGGAGAUUAGCCACUACUACGCCACGGUGGAAACGAACGAGCGAGGCAGCCUCCACUUACAUGGACUCCUCUGGCUGGACGGCAACAUGCGGUUACCGAACCUGAUAUACGAUAUGGCCAAUCCUGCGGAAGAAGGAUACCGUGCCCAAGUGAUCCGGUACGUAGACUCUGUCUUUCACGAGUGUUUAGAUGAAGAUGCUGGAAAAACCGUGCGACAACAGAGGAAGCCCAUCGAUCCCGUGGAGGAGGUCAUGACCAGCACCUCGGCUCUCACUGCGGCCUUCGAAGACGAAUCCAACUUCAUCGCGUACUGUUGCCAAGUGCACUCCCACACGUACACCUGCCUCAAGUAUUCUCUGAAGGGGAUCGUUGAACAGGGUGCAGAUCCACAGAGAAGGACAGCCUGCCGCUUCAAGGCACCGUGGAAGAUCGUCGAGGAGACAGGGUUCACAGAGGACGGCUUGCUUCAGAUCCGGCGCAACCAUCCACUCGUCAAUCGGUAUAACAAGUCAUUGGCGGUCGGCCUUCGUCAUAACCAUGACGUCUCGAUGAUCUUGACCAAAACCAAGGGCCUGGCCAUGGUGUACUACAUCACGAACUACGCCACCAAACUGGAUACGCCGAUGUGGAAGCGCAUUGCUCUCGCCACCGAGGUUGCCCGCCAACUUCGCGAAGCCGGUCGUCCGACAUCUCGUGCACCAGAUCCCACCCUGCCCGAUGACAGGCAGCAGGCAGUAUUGAAUGAAAGCCGUCAAUUCCUGAUAAGAACGGCAAAUCGGAUCUUCUCCGAGCGACAACUCUCGGCCGUAGAGGUCUGUUACCAUCUCCUUGGAUAUGACACCGACUUUACCAACGUGCCGCAUUGGUCUUUCCUGAACCUGACGGCGCUCUAUUGGGCAAUCUUUCGGCUAUGGGCACAUCUCCGCCGUCAGGCCGGCGAGCUGACGGACGCCGAACAGCCCCGGGAGACAAUCCCUCUGAGGCAAGGAGGGCGAACCCUUCUAUGCCUAGAAGCGUACUCCUACCGCGGUCAUGUUCUACAAGACUUAUGCCUGUAUGACUACAUGUCAAUGAUUCACUUGGUGCGUCGAAAUGGUCGGAGUGGAGAUGAGUCUCACAUUUUUCUCGAUGGGCAUGAUUCCGACUGCGACGGCUGGAUGCAAAAGCUUCGACGGCCCGACCAGUACGCCGUCCCGAUCUUCCAAGGAUACAUCAGCGACGACUAUGAGGACGAUCACCCAGUGUAUAUUAAGCGAAAUUCUGUCCUACAUUUGGCGCUAUUCGUUCCUUGGGAAAACUUCAUUUCUGAGAGCCUAGGCGAUAUAACCGACAUAUGGACGACGCAUCGAGCGGGUCUUUGUCCCCGCCUCCGUUUCUACGUCUCCAACAUUUGUCUUUUGAGAAAGUCUGCCGAGGAUGCGCGUAAAGACGCGAAGCUCUGGGCCAGUCGAUCGGAGGGCGACGACACAAUUGACGUCGAGUACCCACUUGACGAUGGCCGCUAUGAAGAAGAGCCUCUAGCGCUGGCUCAUCGUCAGGCCUACAGAGCUCUACUCCAGAUUUUGCGAAAUGCCGUGCAGGACACGGACGCCACAAAAGACUCACCCGUCCUUGGAGGUCUAAUACAUGAUCUGUGCGAGGAGAACCCGACUGAAGAAGAGCGACCUUUCGUCCAACGUCAAGAGGAUUUGUACCGGAACCUGGCUCACGAUCAAGGUGACGCCUUGUGCCAAUUCCCAAUAUCUCGAGACGAUGUCCAAGCAGCGGCCAAGGCCCAACAACUAUUGCAUCUUCGGAUGCUAGACGACAUUGAGGGUGGUUCUCAGGGGACCAUGCUUUCCGCGGAUGGCGCCGACAUCGAUGAUGCCCUAGCUCGCUACGGCGAUACGGAGCCCACCAUUGCGCACCCGGGAAGUGACCUCAAUCAACAAGGGCCUCGAAUGCUUGUCGACGUCAGUCCGGUGACUAGCUUCGCGGAGACGAGACACACCGCUGCAGCUACCUUCACACUGAACUAUCUACAAACCGUGGCCCUUCAACUUGAAGCUCAUCUUCUCCAGGUGCUUUCCACGGUUUCGCUGUCAUGA